AUGAGAUCAAACGCGAAGGAGAUGCACCGUCAAUUACAAGCACUUGGACAAGUCUAACUUUUUUUUUCUUUUACAAAUACGCUUUCAAAAGCAAUCUCAGGAACGCCCAAAUAAGAAGCCACCUUUAAGCAAAAUAGUAUAUAUACAGGGAGGGAGAAUAUAUAUAUAUAUUUACAAUAAGUAUAUAUUUAAAGAUAGCAAAGGAGCACAGGUUUACACCCAGUGAAGUUUUUCUUCUUCUUCGUUUUUUCCCCUUCUUUUUCUUUUUUCAAACUACUGAGAGAAGGACGCUUCCUCUCUAUCUUUUGGCAAGUUAGUGAGGGGGGAGUUUUGUUUUCUUAGAGCGCCCAAGGGGGCUCAGGGACACCGGAGAAGAUUGGGGAGGUGUGCGGUAGGGUGGGUGAGGGGCAGAGGGUGAAUCGGCUGCUGGGGCUGGCGCUUGCUGGCGGCACGAUGCCGUCUCUGCUGGUGCUCACUUUCUCCGCGUGCGUCCUGCUCAGCUGGGCGGUGCUGGCCGGCAGUACGAGCGGCGGUGACGGCGGGGGCGCGGGCCCUGGCGCCGGGCGCCGGGAGGCUGAGGCGCUGUCGCCGCAGAAGAUCGAGGUACUGGUGCUACUGCCCCUGGACGACACGUACCUGUUCUCCUUGGCCCGGGUGCGGCCCGCCAUCGAGUACGCGCUGCGCAGCGUGGAAGGCAACGGGACCGGGCGGAGGUUGCUGCCGCCUGGCACCCGCUUCCAGGUAGCCUACGAGGACUCGGACUGUGGCAAUCGUGCGCUCUUCAGCCUGGUAGACAGAGUGGCAGCGGCGCGGGGGUCCAAGCCGGACCUUAUUUUGGGUCCCGUGUGCGAGUAUGCGGCGGCGCCCGUGGCCCGGCUGGCGUCGCACUGGAACCUCCCCAUGCUGUCGGCCGGGGCACUGGCCGCCGGCUUCCAGCAGAAGGACACGGAGUACUCGCACCUCACGCGCGUGGCGCCCGCCUAUGCCAAGAUGGGUGAGAUGAUGCUCGCCCUGUUCCGACACCACCAGUGGAGCCGCGCCGCGCUGGUCUACAGCGACGACAAGCUGGAGCGGAACUGCUACUUCACCCUCGAGGGGGUCCACGAGGUUUUUCAUGAAGAGGGUUUGCACACGUCCGCCUACAAUUUCGACGAGACCAAAGACUUGGACCUGGACGACAUCGUGCGCUACAUCCAGUCCAGCGAGCGAGUUGUGAUCAUGUGUGCAAGCAGUGACACCAUCCGGAGCAUCAUGCUGGCAGCGCACAGGCACGGCAUGACAAGCGGAGACUAUGCCUUCUUCAACAUCGAGCUCUUCAACAGUUCUUCUUAUGGAGAUGGCUCAUGGAAGCGAGGAGACAAGCAUGACUUUGAAGCUAAGCAGGCGUACUCAUCCCUCCAAACAGUCACUCUACUGAGGACAGUGAAACCUGAGUUUGAGAAGUUUUCCAUGGAGGUGAAAAGUUCUGUUGAGAAACAAGGGCUCAAUGAGGAGGAUUACGUGAACAUGUUUGUUGAAGGAUUCCAUGAUGCCAUCCUCCUCUAUGUCUUGGCUUUACACGAAGUGCUCAGAGCUGGCUACAGCAAGAAGGAUGGAGGAAAAAUAAUCCAGCAGACAUGGAAUAGAACUUUUGAAGGUAUUGCUGGGCAGGUGUCCAUAGAUGCCAACGGAGACCGCUAUGGGGAUUUCUCUGUGAUCGCAAUGACAGAUACAGAGGCGGGCACCCAAGAGGUUAUUGGUGAUUACUUUGGGAAAGAAGGUCAUUUUGAAAUGCGGCCGAAUGUCAAAUAUCCUUGGGGACCUCUAAAGCUGAGAAUAGAUGAAACCAGAAUUGUUGAGCACACGAACACCUCUCCUUGCAAAUCAUCAGGUGGCCUUGAAGAAUCUGCAGUGACCGGCAUUGUUGUGGGGGCCUUAUUAGGAGCUGGUUUGCUAAUGGCCUUCUACUUUUUCAGGAAAAAAUACAGAAUAACCAUUGAGAGACGAAACCACCAAGAAGAAAGUAACAUUGGAAAACACCGGGAGUUACGGGAAGAUUCCAUCAGAUCCCAUUUUUCCGUGGCUUAAAGGAAGACUUUUUUGUUGCUCUUUUUUUCUCUGCUCGAGAUUCUUUCAGGAGAUAGAUGGAAUGAAAGACAUCAAUGGAACAGAAGGGGUGCUCUUGAAGAACUCAUUCUUUCACGCAGUUAGUCAUUUUGUUUUAAAAUUUCUUUAGAAGCUCAGGAACAAUUAAUUAUCCCAUAUGCCUCAUGGCCUUUCAUCUCAUGACAAACAAAUAUAAGGAUAUAACAUCACUCUGUUUGAUGUUCGUAUUGUUUCAGGGGUAUAUGAUUAGGUUUAUGGUUUUAAAAUCUGAUGUCUCUAUAUAUCUUGCUGGCUUUUGGG